AUGUGGAAGCAGCAGACGCUUGACGGUCUUCCUCUUCAAAAGAGUCCCAUGUCGGCGCACAGGAUGAUGUUCAUCGGACUCCUGCUUCAAGUCUUCUGCCACGGUAGCGCACCGGUAUCGGCCUCCUUGGACUGUCUGCUGGCAGAGCAGGGCUGCAUCCAGCAGCAGUCCUGCAAGGUCCUCUACCACCUCUUGGAGUACUGCUCGGCCGAAGAGGCGAUUUCGCCGCUCGGCCCCGACGCCCGCAACGAGUGCCUGGAGGCUCAGAACACUUUGCAGCGCCAUCGCCCACUUCAAGUGUGCAAAUGCCAGCGCGGAUCUCGUAGGGAGGAACACUGCCUCAGGGUCUACUGGACUGUCAGGUUUGGAGCAUACGAAGAGUAUGAAGUGUCCCCAUAUGAAGAACUCGAGUUCAGCCUGGUGAGAAACAUCGAGAUGUCGCAAAUGGCCUCCAUGGCAGCUUCCUCCAUGUCUGUGGACGGUCACAAUCAGUGUCUCAAAGCCGCCCAGGACUGCGGCUUGUUUGAAAAAUGCGGCUCCCUGCGCUCCGAGUACGUCGUGGCGUGCACCAAGCGAGCAGCGGCCUCCGACAACAGUUGCAACCGUCAGAAAUGCCACCGAGCCCUGCGGCGCUUCUUGGAGCGUGUGCCGGAAGAGUACAGCUUCGCUCUGCUCUUCUGCCCUUGCUCCGACACCCUAUGUGGGGAGCGCCGCAGGAAAACCAUCGUCCCGUCUUGUUCCUACGAGGAGAACGCUAAGGGGGAGGAACGAGCGGGGAAGCCCAACUGCCUCAGCCUGCAGAACUACUGCUCGAGGGAUGAGCUGUGUAGAUCCCGGUUUGCUGACUUCCAACAUAACUGUCAGCCAGCUCCAAUGUCUGUUUCUGGCUGCAUGCGAGAAAGCAGAGCUAUGUGCCUCAAGGCCUACGCUGGACUCAUAGGCACCAUCAUGACUCCCAACUACGUGAGCAACAGCAGUACGGAAGUGUCCCAGUGGUGCACGUGUGAUGGCAGCGGCAACGAAUGGCAGGGCUGUCAGCGCAUCCUGCACAUGUUCAAAAACAACAUUUGUCUGCGUGCUGCUAUCAGCUCCAUGGGAGUUUCCGUGACGCCCCCUGCUGAGACCAGCCCCAUUCCAGCUCCCGAGCCUUCCCCGAGGGCCCGCGAGGAGAAGGUUCACGCCGUCAACUCUCUCCCGGAAUUUACCACCAUCGAGACAAGUGAGGAAGUGGAGCAAGAGGAGGUCAAGAAUGAGGAAUUUAACAUCAUCCCGCCAUAUUCUGAGAAAGACUCCGACACCGAGUCAAGGGCCACCGAGAGGCAGCGAGGAGCAGCCAGCUCAGUGGCGCCGGUUUUUCCGCUCUUGCUGCUGUCUCUACUCAUCCUGGACUGGGAGCCUGGCAGCCACUAAAUCGUUCACCUUCUGCUCGUUUCUCUGUCAUUGCCGCAUUCAAACCCAUGCCAACUCCCCGGGGAGAAGUUGCCAGAAAGAACUGCGGAGGCUUUCAUUGAAAAAGGAAAACUUCUCUCCUUCUUAAGAGUGAAAAGAUAUUCCGUCGUGCAGCAGUAUCUUGUGUCUUAGCUCCAGAGCAGAUAGCGCAUGGCUGAACGAAGAAGUGCCGUCUGGGCAAAACACUCCACCCGGAAGCCUGCUCCGCACUCCAAAAAAAAAAAAAAAAAAAAAAGUACAUCCCCUCUUUUAACAAGAAGCACAUAGCCAAAGGCCACACUCACCCCCCCAGCCCCUCCUGUACGUGCUCUCCAAGACAAAACCGCAAGAAGCGGCGUGCUCUAGUGCUUCCGAGACGGAGCGCGUCUUCUGAUUUCUUUUUCAUGACUCACCACGCAUUUGUUACUCGCUCGCCCCGUCGGCUCUUCCUCUGCCCGCAUCACACGAGGCUCUCAUUGAGUUAGAUCACUUUACCGGUUCGUCGGAACGCCGCCGAAAGCCAAACGCGGUACUGACUGAAAACAAAUUGCUGGCCACUCGACUGGUACUAAAAAGGAACUUUGCUUUUGCGCUGCUAUUUGAUUUAACGUCAUCGUUUUGUUUUUUUGGGAGGAAUCCAAGCAGCAUCAUAUGGCAUUUUGAAAACUUCCAUUCCAGCCGGCUUGACCUUGAAGACAUGAAAUUAAUUGCCCCUUGAACAAUCUUUAAAAAAAAAAAAAAUCUGUUCCAGUCAUCAUUUUCACUAUCAUAAAACAUUCUGCGCAUGCACAAGCGUCAAUCUGAUGAUCUCUAAUACUGCCACGGGUAAACAAAAACAAGUCAUAAAUUGUUCAACAGCUCCGUCGUACUACCCUCGCGUUCUUCAGAACCCAACAUCGAGGGACUGCGACUUACUUGACUUUGACAACUGUUCCAAGACGCGGGCGGAAUGGUCGCAAUGAUGAUGACACAUCCAGGUUAGACCAUAUGACCAGUUUGCGCAUAUUCCACUUUAAAGUAUCUCUUUGUACUUUAAAAGGCUCCGCUUUUGUAUCGUUGACAGUUGACUUUGGCGUCCUGGGAACACGCGUCUAACCUUUUAAGGCCCCGGAAAAGUUACCUCCGAGUCCAAUAAUUAGCCCUACGGGGGUACGUUAGAGUAGAUGAAGGGUCAUAAAUGGACUUUUAUUCCUGAAAAACAACAACGCAUUAAGGGCCGCUGCCCGUGAGUGGAGGAAAAUGAAAUGGUGGUGACAAAAAAGCAAGGGAGAGCGUCGUCGAGUCGGUCGCCUGCGUUGGCUUCAUGCGCGAGCGAUGUUCCGUCUUUACAACCGUUGGCUCAUCUCACAGCGAGCCCCUCCAGUCACUUAGAAUUAUUCCGAGUGGGAUGAGUAAUGAGAGGGGGCAACGGCAAUGAGAUAAACCUCCACGGUAGAAAUGGAGGGAGGGGGGGGGCGGGGGGGGGGGGGGGGGGGGGACUGAGAGCAAUUAUGGGACUAUUUUCGAAGAAUUCAACACGUAGCAAAAAAAAAAAGGGGAGGACGGCUUAGGGGAGGAAAUAGGCAAUUUACAGCUGUCAUAGCCUCUCACCUUUUUUUUUUUUUUUAUCCUGAGGAGAUGUGUUUUAGUGGCACUUUGCUGUCAUGUCAGGCAGAUGUUGCGAGAUGAAGAUAUGGAGAUGGGAAGGGACACGGGAGGCUAGAAAGGCUGCAAAGGCUGCCGGCUGCUCUGCUCAUUGAGCAGCCACAUCGAGCCAUUCUUUCUCUGGCUGGAAUAACUUUUGCUGAUGAUUUUUUUUUUCUUCCCCAUGGCUCAUUUUCUUGGGAAAUUACACUGUUGCGAGGUUGUAGGUAAAGACAAGCAUAUGGGAUGCUCUCACCAUUAUUUUGAAGCAAACUUAUCGACGAAUUUGCAGCAAAUAAGAGCGAUAAUUGGCUUCGGGUGGGAAGACGUACACGCACGAUUACAAAGCAUUAAGCGUUGUUAUUUUCAUCCGAAUGGCGAGUUUUCAUUGAGCACUUCGACGGACUGGACCUUUUCCAAAGAUGUAGCAUAAAAACCGGUACAUUAAAAAAAAAAACAACAAAAACGUUUGCUUGCUGUCAAAAUCACGGGAGGAGCACAGCUAUACAUUCUCAUUUCCUGUAAAUACGAUUGUACGUAAUCGCUUGAGGAGGCCGCAUGGCCCAACACUUAAUUAACUUGCUCCCAUUGGGAGAGUUAAUGAAGGGUUACGUUGGCGCAGGCCAUUCUUCUCUUUGAUCAUCCUUUUGUUCAAAUUGACAGUUCGGGAGCUAACAGAGAAAAAAAAUAAUAAUAACAACAGAUGAAAUAGUAGCAUUGCAAAUUGGUCUAAAAUAUGUAACAUGGACACAUGAAGGAUUUAAAAAGUAUGCUUGGAAGAAAAAAAAAAGAAGCACUUGCCAUUUGAGUGUUGUAGCAAUUCUGCUGCUAAUUUGCCAUUUUGUGGCGCUGGCCUUAAUGACUGAACUUGCGUUUUUAUGUGUCUUUGCGUUUCAAAAUGUGUGUUUAUAUUUGUAAACUAUGGGAAAAAAAUCAUUUUACCAUACAGUAGCUUGCAUUUUUGGUGUAUUCAUGACUUCAAUUGCAUAAUCAUCCACACAUUCUUUUGAUUUGGAUCUUUAUGAUCCUUCUCCCAAAAUGAUGUACAGAAAAUAUGUUUCAUGUGUUUAAAAACAUUUACAUAUCAAUCGCGACGAGGAAAAAAUAAAUAAAACGUGACUAUGAUGUGUAAAUGAAAACAAAGCAAGUGUAAUUUUUGUGACAAAACAGAACUGUGUGCCAGUUUGUUAAAAGACGAAUAAAAGCUACAUUGGCAGCUUCUGGGUCCAAUAGGACAUGAUUGGAUGGAAAUGAAAA